AUGCUGACCAUGGAGUCGGACCUGAAGGCGGCGAGCCUUCACGCGAACAUGCCGCCCCACGCGGGGCUGGCGCACGUGCCGCCGCCGUCGCACCACUCGUACGGCGCGCUGGGCUCUCUGCACGGCAUGGGCGGCGUCAUGGCGCUGGGACAGCCGCCGCCGCAGCAGCAGCAACAGCAGCAGCAGCAGCAGCAGCAGCAACAACACCAGCUGCAGCAACACGCGAUACAUGCGCACCACCACCAGAUGAGCAACGGCCCGCCCCAGCAGCAACAACAGCAACAGUUGCACCAGCACCACGCCCAGCAGCAGCACAACAACAACACGACGGGCGGCGCCGGCGGCGGCGGGGGCGGAGGGAAGAACCAGAACGCCGACCGCGUCAAGCGGCCGAUGAACGCGUUCAUGGUGUGGUCGCGUGGCCAGCGCCGCAAGAUGGCGCAGGAGAACCCCAAGAUGCACAACUCGGAGAUCUCCAAGAGGCUGGGCGCCGAGUGGAAGCUGCUCAGCGAGACGGAGAAGCGGCCCUUCAUCGACGAGGCCAAGCGGCUGCGCGCGGUGCACAUGAAGGAGCACCCGGACUACAAGUACCGGCCGCGCCGCAAGACGAAGACCCUGCUGAAGAAGGACAAGUACCCCCUGGGGGCGGGCGGGGGCGGCCCCGGCGGCGGGCCGGGGGGCGCGCUGCUCCAAGGGGCGGACGCCGCCUCGCGCAACGCCGCCGCCGCGGCCGCCGCCGCAGCCGUGCAGCAGGCGGUGGGGCGCGACAUGUACCAGAUGCCCAACGGCUACAUGCCCAACGGCUACAUGAUGCACCACCACGACCCCUCGGCCUACCAGCAGCACCACUACGCCGGCCAGGCCGUGUACCCGCGCUACGACAUGCAGAUGCACCACGGGUCGUACAUGAACGGGUCGUCCGCGUACGGGAUGUACGGCGGCGGGGGAGGCGGCGGUGGUGGCGGGGGCGGGUCGCCCUACGGCGGCAUGCAGCAGCAGCAGCAGCAGCAGCAACAGCAGCCGCCCGCGUCGCAGAUGUCGCACAGCCCUAGCGGCAGCAGCAUCAAGUCGGAGCCCGUCUCCCCGUCGUCGGGAGGCGGCAUGCAGACGCCCACGCCCGCCUCGUCGCGGGAGUACGUGCAGGGGGGCGGCUCGCAGGGCGACCUCUGCCAGAUGAUCUCCAUGUACCUGCCCACCGACCCGUCGGCGGCGGUCGACAGGCACCAGCAGCACCACCAGCACCAGCAGCAGCACCAGCAGCACCAGCAGCACGCGGCGGCGGCAGCGGCGGCGGCCCGCCUCCACCACAUGCAGUACCAGCAGCACUCCGGCUCGCCGGACCCUCUGGGGGGCGGCGCCGUCGUCUCCAUGCCCCUAACGCACAACAUGUAA